AUGAAGAAUGUGGUGGACCCCUUUGAGGAUGACGAUGCAUUUUUCGGGUCGCUUUCGAUUGAAGAGUUUCAGAACAUCGACCGCUCCAUUGCUAAUGCCGACAGCAAUCCUAGCCUUGACGAUAAGAAUAAUUGUCCUGCUAACAAGGACAUGUCUUUUCGCCUGCUUCAUGACGAAAACGACCAGCUUCGCAUUCACUCAAUUAGCAUUAAUAAAACGCAUGAAGCUGAGAAAAAAAAGCUGACCGAGCAGCUCCAAUCAGAGAUCUUUUCGUUGAAGGCUGAAGUUUUGUGUCUACAGGCCUCCAACAAUUCUCUUUUGCAGAAGCAUUCAAUAGAAGGCAAGAAAUACAAAAGAGACAUCAAUUCUUGGAACUGCAAUAUUGAUGGCGUUACUUCGUUUUACAACAAGGAAGUCGGCUAUUUUUCCGCUAAAAGGGCAUCUUAUGAACCAAAAUUUAUUGAUCCAAGUCUUCAAGUAUCCAGCGAUUUAGAUAUUGAAACCCUUAUCGAGGAAACAAAGGAAGAACUAAAUCGAAUGUACCCGCAUUUAAAUGGACAGUUUAGGCCUCCAUUGGUGCUGACGUUAUAUGAAGUUGAUUUUGUAAACUGGAUAAUUUCCUCGUUUUCCGUGAUCAUUGAAGAAAACUUUUGUACAUUCGUCGAUUCAAAGCUAAACUCUGUUUUUGAUUUGAUUGAUUCCAUCCAGAAGAUAACCGACUCGUUCAAAUUGGCGCACAGCGUUGAAUUAUGGACGCCGAUGUCUCUGCUGGGAAGAUAUAUCUCUUCCCCAAAUGGUGCCCAUUACCCUUAG